GAUCAAGGAGGUCCAAGCUGCAGUAAAGCAAGUUUAGCAUCAGAUGUCGGUGAGCCAGCCACAGUCAGGAAGAGGUGUGCCUUGUUUACGCUGCAGAGGGAUGUGCACAGGCUUUGAGCCACAUUCUUGGAGGAAAAUCUGCAAGUCAUGCAAAUGCAGCCAGGAGGACCACAGCCUGAGCUCGGAUGUGGAGGACGAUCGGAAAAUUGGGCGCCUGCUGUCGGACUCGAAGUAUGCCACGCUCACUGCCCGGGUGAAAGGAGGUGACGGCAUUCGUAUUUACAAAAGGAACCGCAUGAUCAUCACCAACCCCAUCGUCUCUCGGAAAGACCCCACCUUCGACACCAUCACGUAUGAGUGGGCUCCCCCAGGGCUCGCCCAGAAGCUGGCCAUGCAGUACAUGGAGCUGAUCCCAAAGGAGAUGCAGCCGGUGGCGGGGACGGAUGGGGCAUACUAUCGCCGGCGGCAGCUGAUGAGACAACUCCCACUGUAUGACCAGGACCCAUCCCAGUGCUGCGGCCUCGCGGAGGGCGAGCUGAAGCUGAUGGAAGACUUUGUGAAGAAGUACAAAGCCGAAGCGCUGGGCGUUGGGGAGGUGGCGCUGCCAGGCCAGGGCGGCAGCGGGAAGGAGGAGGGGAAGCCGCAGGACAAGAGCAUCGCUGCCGGCAAACCCCCCGAGUCCACCAACGGGGCCCUGGAGAGCGUGCCCGCGGGAGGGCACUACCGCUGCGAGACCUGCAAGCAGGCGGUACCAGGGGACUGCCCGGUGGUGUACGCUGACAGGGCGGGCUACUCCCGGCAGUGGCACCCGGCGUGCUUCGUGUGCUGCCGGUGCUCCGAGCCCCUCGUCGACCUCAUCUACUUCUGGAAGAGCGGGGCCGCCUGGUGCGGACGCCACUACUGUGAGAGCCUCCGGCCACGCUGCGCCGGCUGCGAUGAGAUCAUCUUCUCGGAGGACUACCAGAAGGCAGAAGGGAUGGCCUGGCACAAGAAGCACUUUGCCUGCCUGGAGUGCGAGACGUUGCUGACUGGCAAACCCUUCACUCUGGACAACGCCAGCCUCCUGUGCAUGACCUGCAGCAAAAGCAAAUGUCUCUGAGCAGGGAUCAGCCCGGGGGCGAAGUGGGCUCCCCAAGGUCCCACCAGGACUGGGGUCAUUUGAUAAGUACAUGAGAAGGGGAAGGUUAAAAAAAAAUUAAAGCCUGACUAUUCACUUGCAAGCAACUAAGUGCCCCCUUGCAUCCAAUACAGCUUGCAGGAGAAUAUUUCCUUGGGGAGGAAGCAAAGGAAAUUCGUACGCCUGCGGGUGGGAGGUACAUGGUGUGUCUGACUAGGAGGGACUGGAAAGGAGGUUCUGUGUUGUGCUGUUUUUUAUAAAGUCUCUCCAAGCUUCUUAUGACUAAGAUCUUGCAAUAGUCUUUUGGAAAUAACACAUCUCAAAAGUAACUUUUGGCAUACUAAACCUACAGUCGUGGUCAAAAACAAGGGUUGUUAGUAUUUUUUGAAAUCCAUGCUGGAAGGUUACACUAACAGGCUGCUGACAACUGUACUAGAGCAAUGGGUUUGAAGAAUUUGAUUAACCCAGGUGAUUACUUUCUGAAACCAAAUAAUAUAAAAUUGCAGCAACAUGUAGCUAUAGCUUUCUCCUCCUAAGUGUACAAAAAUGUAAAAAUAAUGAGUUGGCACACAGGGCAAUUGGUUUUAACCCUGGUGAGAUGGGAAGGGUGCAGCUCUGCCCCGGAGCAGCUGACUGGCUCAACCCUUGUGAGCUUUAGCCCUGAAACUGGAAUGCAAAAGCAUUCCUGGCAGGUCCCACCGACCAGGCUCCCUGGCCUCUCCCCUGCCUCCGACUGCCUGUUAUUCCAGGCGAGCAUGUUUCCACAGAGCAGCAUUGUUCCCACUGCGAUGCUGGAGGUCGUUAAGCAUGUAAAGUAUGGGCCUUUAUUUUGGCUGGGUUUGACCAGGAAUUUUAUGGAAAACAGCUUUCCAGCCUAAGCUGUCUUGGCGGAGGCGGGGGGGUGCCUGAAAUGCUGCAAUGCUAGUUUUUCCCUGUGAUAUAUCAGUGACCCCUUCCGAGAACCAGGGAACCGUACCUUCCCCUCGGAGCCGGCAGCACCCUCGCCCUGGGCUCUGCCCUGCUCCUCAUCGUGCAGCUCUCCUGUCCCUAGGGGAGGUCCCCUUCCCCUCCUGGAUCUGAUAGGGGUGACACUGUCCCAGGAUCCGGCACUGAGUCUCUGCAGAUAGUAUUUGUUCCCUACAUCAAGUGAUGCUUCUGGUAGUCGCUGAAAAUAUUAACUAGUCCAGGCUGGCAGAUAUCUGUGUGCUCAGUCUUUUUUUCUUAUAUUAAAUGUCUACAUUCUUUGCCAGAGAACUGGAAUAUUUUUUGCAGAGGUGAGUGUACAAUGAGCUCACAAUUGCUGGGUUUUUUCUGCUACAGAAGAUGCUGUUUCUCUUUAAAGCGUGCUCCAUGCUGUGGAUGUUUGCUUGCUUAUGAUAAAAUAACUUGCAAAUGAGCGUUGGGGGGAAACUACCUGCUGCAGGGUUAAAGCAUGUGAGUCCGGGACGGACUCUGCCCCUCUGCUGUGUGUGUCAGGGGGUGCCCUGCUCCGCUGCUGGGGAAGGAGCAGGCCAAGUCCAUCACUAUCUUUGAGUAGGUGAGACCAAUGUGGUCUAAAGACAUAGCUGUACACGUGUGUGGGGGGGGAAACCACCUCUUAUGCUUUGUCCAGCCCUGUGCUGUUGCAUGGUUGAUAUUCCUGGAAACGCUGGGGUAUUUAAAAAUUAAAUGAAAUGCUUGCUCCGGAGCUGGAGUAGAGCAGGAAAAUCCCAAGGUGGCAGAGACAGCCAUAGCUGUGGGGGUGAUGGACGUGUGUUGCAGGGUAUCACGGUGCACGUGCUCCUGGGGUCGCUUGUCCAUCUUGGGUUAUUCAAGGGAUGUGUUGAGUGCCUGGGGGUGUUGCUUCUGUAAACUCAAUCAGAUGCUGCAAGUCAAGAGAGGAUGCAUAAACCUGAAGUUGUGUGAGGAAUAAUAAAGCUCUCUUGGAUCAGCCUUGGAUACAGCUACUUUGGUUAUAAGUGGGAAUGAAAAAUAAAGCCCAGUGCUUAGCUUUAUUGCCUCUUCCUCGUUUUGUUACAAGGGAAAUAUCUUUACAUCUUUUUAAAAAAAAAAAAAACUUACAGGCGCAUUGUUGUUCUAAACCCUGCGAUGUUAAGGCAGCCACAAGUGCACACACUCGGUGUAAGAAGGGAUAGGAAUAGUGUGAGUCACCUAUGAAAUGCUAUUUCAGCACAGCCAUUAACAGCCAAACAGGACAGUCAGUGUUGAUUUGUGCACACAGCUGGUUACCUCCAAGAGUGAUCUGCCUACAAGGUAGGUGCACAGCCAGCACACAGGUGUCUGGAAGAAAAUUAAAUGCAAAAAAAAUAAUCAACAAAACAUUGAGUUUUUAAAAGUGAAAGACUAUUCUAAACUACUACCAUCACAGAAAACUGAGUGCUGCAGUCUUCUCCCUGGGUGUUUUUGGUUUGUUCUGCCUUGGCUGGCCACGUAGUCCUUGCAGGGUUUGUGAUAAUCUGAGCACAGGGGAGGGGUGAGCCAGACCCCUGACUGCAGUAGGGUGUUCUUUAAACAUCUGUGUCUGAAUGGGGAUGCUGGCCAUCCCCCCUCCAGAGCUGCUUCCCCCUGCAGCCACCUACCCUCCCCAGCUGAGCGUGAAACCAGGGGCUGGCAGGGGGGGUCUGUGCCAGGCAGCAUAGUCCUGUUCCCAGGCUUGGGGGACCCCAUGAGCUGGGUGCUGUGCUCUCAGCACCGACACUAUUGAGCCCCAUGAAGUGUGCAGUGACAAUUUUUCCUUUCUUGAGUAUUUGACACCAAGCAAGCUAGCUUAAGAGCUAUAUGGUGUGCAUCAAGUUCAGAUGAGACUAUGGUGGGUGGCUUGGGCAUGUCCCCAGGGUGGGGGAUGCUUGUCUGGACCUCAAAUGUCUGUUGCUAAGCCUGUAUGGGUGGGGACCCUCGUCCUGUGCCUCUGUGCGGAGAGGGCUGAGGUUGCUCCCAGCUCCCUAUGGUUGGCAUGUUUGCUGCAUCUGUGGGGCAGCACCUACACGUAAGCCCUUUAGAGGUGGGAUUUCCAACAGACCCCUCUUCUUGUGCAGUCUUCUCCCCUGCCUGGGGAGGUGUGUAGGUAAAGGGGAUCCCCUUUCCACCACUGCCAGGGUUAAAAACCAAUAAAGCCUCACAAGGGAGGCGGUGGAGGAGAGCUGGUUCUUGUUUUCUCUGCUGCAGAAGAAUGUGUGUGGUGGGAGCUUGAGUAAAUGUCAGAGCAGAGGCGCUGGGAGAGGAUGGGGUUUUGGGGGGAGCGCUGGCACCCCAACACGGCAUCGGGGAGGGAGGCAUAAUGCUGAGACCGGUGCCUGCCUCCAUGUCCGGCACUGCCUAACUGUCCACUGUGGCGGUGGGUGGCCCUCCCCUUGUCCCCAGCCGUCGCUCCUGGGGGCUGCGAGGGGUCAUCCCCACCACCCUCUCUGCGGUGGGAUGGUCUCCGGGUGAGAGGGGUGUCAAGUCCACUUUACGUACAAGGAUUGUCCUCAACGAUGGUACCUUUGUCGGGCUUAUCUUACUGGACUGUGACCGCAGAUCCACACAUAGUAGCAUCAACUUCUUACACAGUCUGCCCCCAUUAACACAAUCCUCCAUCACUAAUGUCUUUAUUUGGCUACUUGGAAAACAGGUACCACUGUAGCGUGUUCUGGUUUGGGUUUUGAUUUUGUGAUCUAUAAAUGGUAAUUCUUGUCCUCUGAAGUCCCUGUUUCAGCAUACACAUGAUUGCUUCAGGCUUUUUGGACUGCUGGCAUCCACUCAAGCCUUUCAGGUAUUUUUGCAGCUUGUAAAAUACUGUCUGCUAAAAAAUUUACUACAAUUAAACAGCUUAACAAAAUCCUGUGCCUCUCAAGUGUCAGGAGCGAAAGCAUUAAAUUAAUGCAUCUAACAGCUCAAAACGUAUGUGAGUCUUUACACUGAAACUCAAUUUUAAUAUCAAAACUAAGCAUGAGAAGAUAUUCACCCCAAGUGAAGACAUUAUAGCAAAACAUAGCGUAGUUUAUCGUCUAGCACAAAAGAGGCCGCUGGAGCUGCCUUCUGCAGGUCAUGAGCUCUGGGUUUCAAGAAAGUUAAAUUUAUGGGGGUAUGCUGGCCUGUCUAAUAGAGAGCCAUCAGCAAGCAAUACACAAAAUUAAUAAAAAUCAAGGUGCUUCACAAGGUUACUACGUGCGACAGGAAUAGGCUAUGGGUGAAGACUGUGUUGUGUGACUAUUGGAAAAGCGUCUUGUGCCACAGCUGUGUCCAGUCCAUCGUUUCAAAUAAAAGCUCCUGUACAAAG